AUGGGAGGUAGCGGGGGCGUGUGUGCCAAGCAUGGCUGCUCGUUUGGGCAAGCCACGAGCUCGCCCGUGGGGCUUCUAGAAGGUUCCUGCGCAAGCGCGGCGGGGCGGGGCGCGGGGGAGGAGCCGCCGCUGGGAGCUCAGGACCUCUCGGGGCGGAGCUAUCUGUUCCGGGCCCAGUCCGCGCCCACGCCGCGCACCACCCGCCUGCCCGCCCCUUGCGCUUCAGCCAGCGCCCGACGCGUCGGGUGCGAGCGCAAGCGCGAGCAGCAGCCCGCCGCCGCCGCCGCCACCCCCGCCACCCCGGCCCCGGAGCCCGCCGCCGCCCCGGCCCCUGCCACCCCGGCCCCCGCCGCCCCGGCCCCGGCCCCGUCUAACAUGGACAGCCGCAAGCUCAGUGAGCUCCAGGCCUUUAUCAGGCUCUGCCAGCAGGACUCGAGCCUCCUGCACACCGAUGAGCUGCGCUUCCUUCGGGACUGGGUGGAGAGUAUGGGUGGUAAAAUUCCACCUGCUCCACAAAAAGCAAAAUCAGAAGAAAGAAUCAAGGAGGAAAAAACUGAAAGUAAGAAACCAGAGGAACCCCCAAAACUAGAAGAGCUAGAAAGUGAGGAGAGUGACGUAGAGAUUGAUAAUGAAGGAGUGAUUGAAGCAGAUACUGAUUCCCCUCAGGAAAUGGGAGAUGAAAAUGCAGAGGUAACAGAUGAGAUGAUAGAUCAGGCUAAUGAAAAGAAGGUGGCAGCCAUUGAUGCCCUCAAUAGUGGUAACCUGGAGUCAGCCAUUGAAUUAUUCACAGAGGCCAUCAAACUAAAUCCCCGUUUGGCUAUUUUGUAUGCUAAGAGAGCCAGUAUCUUUAUAAAACUGCAGAAGCCUAAUGCUGCUAUUAGAGAUUGUGACAGAGCUAUUGAAAUAAACCCAGACUCCGCCCAGCCCUACAAAUGGCGAGGCAAAGCCCACAGACUCCUUGGCCACUGGGAGGAGUCUGCCCGGGAUCUUGCCAUGGCUUGUAAACUGGACUAUGAUGAAGAUACCAGUGCUAUGCUGAAGGAAGUCCAGCCGAGGGCCCAGAAGAUUGCUGAACAUCGGCGAAAAUAUGAAAGAAAACGCGAGGAGCGAGAGAUUAAAGAAAGGAUAGAGAGGGUGAAGAAGGCUCGGGAGGAACAUGAGCGAGCCCAAAGGGAGGAAGAGGCCCGGCGAACUUCAGGAGCCCAUUUUGGCUCUUUUCCAGGUUUUCCUGGAGGCAUGCCUGGGAACUUUGGAGGCAUGCCUGGCAUGGGAGGGGCCAUGCCUGGGAUGGCAGGAAUGCCGGGCCUCAAUGAGAUUCUUAGUGACCCGGAAGUGCUUGCAGCCAUGCAGGACCCAGAGGUGAUGGUGGCGUUUCAGGAUGUGGCUCAGAACCCCGCAAACAUGUCCAAAUAUCAGAGCAACCCAAAGGUUAUGAAUCUCAUCACCAAAUUGUCAGCCAAAUUUGGAGGUCAAGCGUAAAUGCCCUUUUAACAAAUAAAGCCCUUACUGAUGGAGAAACAACCCAGAUCACUUAAUGGACCUCGCAAUAACACAAACCAAAUGUACCUCUGACCUUCUGGUGAAGAAAGCUGGGGUGCUUGGAAGAUAACCCCCCUGUCCUGCCCCCCUCCCUGCCCCCAGUGCAACAGGAGCAUUUUACAGAGAUCGGGUAGCCAUUAGUCUAGCAGAUUAUGUUGUCCCUCUCUGAAUCACAAGCUUAAGAAACAUAGAAGCAUUUUCCCCAAACUUUAACAUUACUUAAAGGAGAAAGGGAAAGUAGUGUUGAAAAUUAUUUUCUUUUUAUUCAUCUUUUUGACUUUCCCUUGGACUUGAUUAGCUUUUAGGGUGAGAAAGAAGAGACUUCUAUUCAAGAUUUCUUAUCCGGUCAUGGUGGAAAAUUGGUCUCAUCAGAGAGAGGCGAACAUUCCUCAUUUAACUAUGUAAAUUUGAAAUGGAUUCGUGCUUCUUGAUAUAUUUUGCUUUUGCUUUUUCCUUUAAAUUCUGAUGUGCUUUUGAAAAACCGCUCAUUUUGACGGCAGAACCAACUGCGGGACCACCAGUGACAUAGUAAAUUCUUGGGCAGAGCCUGGAGCUGCCUGCCUUGAGGGCUUCUGCAGUGUGUCCAGUGUUUUCUUCCCUGCACACGCAUUAGAAAGUUGGGGCAUUGUGGGUAAGAACUGAACCACCAAGCCAUGCAUUGAGUUGAGGGCAUACUUUUGGGGAAUGCUUCUGUGAAACUGAUCUACCACCUUGUAACUUUGGCCCCUCUGUUGUCCGGUAUGUCUGUAAUAUAGUGUGUUUCUGUUUAGAGAGGAAGGAGGAGGCUCCUUUUCUUUCUUCUUGGAUGUGACCUUUCCUCAACAGCAGACACUUGGCUCUGCUCUCUUUUGGGUCUGUGUUUCCAGUGUCUAUUCUCCCCACCCCCCACUCCAUCCCCCAUUAAUUAGGCUCAAAAUGGCCCUCAUCCAGUCAGUAUUUCUGAAGGCCACCAUUCAACCCUACCAUUGCUGAAUGCUUGGUUUAAUGUAAAAUGCCACACUUACUGUUUCUAUGUAGGCUAAUGCCCUUCACUUCUCCUUUGGCCAAGAGAUUUCGUUUUGAUUCUCUGCGACCUUGAGGACCGACCCCAACAUGCUUCCUUUUUUUAACUAAACCAUGGAGGGAAGAAGAUGUCCCUGGUUUUUUGUUUUUAUUUUUGUUUUCUUUUACUUGGGAAAUGGCCCUUGAAAAUGACAUUUGCAUUGAUCUUUCCAUUUUGGGGAAGGAGGGCAUGAGGAUUAGUGGAUAUGUAAACGUAUAGGUGAACUUGGCUAUGUGAUCCAAUAUUAAAAAUGUGCUCAUCACUAGAUUAGCUUUGUGAUUCUUUUUGCAUUGUAGGAUUGUUUGACAUCUCAUUGAUGCUUUCUGGUAGGGAGUCGCUGCUACAGUUGACAUCUCUGGUAUUCCUUUCCUUAAUUGGCUUCAGUAACUUAGUCAGGCACCAUACAGAAAACGGCUCUGGCUCUGGCCGCCAGGCAGGAGGCCUCCCAUCUAAAGACAUUCUGAAGGGCAGCUUGUUCUUGGAAUGUUGCCUGGGUGUAACUAACUGGAAUAGGCAAACUAACGAGUGUGGAGUACCCUCAUUAGAAGUCAUUGGUAGGUGGGCGGCACCUUGCCCGAGUAGCUGGGCAGCAAGAGAAUGAAUGGUGCCCCCGAGUGGGCAGCCUACUACCUUGGGGUCGGAGCAGAGCGCGCUGCUGUUUAAUACCUUGGCUCUCGGGCGUGCGUUCCAACGCCUUUCCUUCAUUCCCCGGGGUCACGUCACAAACCCUCCUGCAGUCCUAGCCUUUUCACUCGGUUUAGUAACCCUUGAUGUUUAAGCUGCACAAAAAGCCUGUCACCAUUGGAUCUUAGGAAAAUGGCCUGUGUUUCAGAGUGCUGAGCCUAAUUGAUUAGCAAAUACAAAGCUUAUUCUCCAUUGAUUUAGGAACGCAACUUAAUAGCCAAGCCUGACUUUUUUUCUUGUACUAACAACCCUACAAGAAAGAAAGAAAAAUGUGAAAGGAGGGUUUCCGGUUUUCAGUUUGUUUUUUGUUUUUGCUGAAAAGUAGAAGUUAUUGGAUAUUUCUAGUCACCUUCACAAAUAAAGUGUGGUUUUCAAACUGGAA